AGUAAAGGAAAAGCAUUCAGAAAUAUUUCAGUAAAGAAUCAACAGCAUGUGUAUCUCAGCGGUGAGUGUGGUGCUGUUACUUUUCAUUUUGUGGAUGCUUGUGGUCAAGCUCUGCAGACAGGCUGACAGCCAAAGUGAUGGAGAUGCCAAAGAAAGCAAGCAACCAGAAGCGGCUGUACCCAAACUCCUGCAUUCCCUCUCUAAGCGCUUUUUUGGCAGUCUUUCUCCCUCUCUUUCUGGUCCUCCCUCUCUCCCUUUGCUGGGCAACAUGCUGGAUCUUGCCCAAGAACAUCUACCCAUCCACCUGACUUCACUGGCACUUCGAUAUGGAAAUAUCUAUCGGCUCAACUGUGGCAGCACAACCAUGGUGAUUUUAAAUAAUAGUGAGAUCAUCCGCGAGGCUCUGAUUAAAAAAUGGUCAGACUUUGCUGGGAGGCCUCAUUCUUAUACCGGUGAUAUAGUAUCAAGCGGAGGGCGAUCCAUUUCUCUGGGUGAUUUCAGUGAGGAAUGGAAGGCUCACAGGCGUGUGGCCCAUAGUGCUCUGCACCGCUGCACAAUGGAUUCCCUGCACUCUGUCAUAGAAAAGCAAGCACACCAUCUCUGCCAGGUGUUGCGGGACUACAAUGGAAAAGCAGUGGAUUUAUCUGAAGAUUUCACUGUGGCUGCGAGUAAUGUCAUCACAACACUAACCCUUGGCAAAAGUUAUGAUAAGAGUUCAGAAGAUCUGCAGAAGCUGCAGGACUGUCUGAAUGAGAUUGUGUCUCUCUGGGGUUCACCCUGGAUCUCAGCGCUGGACUCCUUCCCUCUACUCAGGAAAUUACCCAACCCUCCAUUCUCUCGCCUCAUGAAGGAGGUAGCCAGACGGGAUGAGCUGAUCGGGAAACACAUUGAGGAUUUCAAGAAAAGUGACCAUAAAAAAGGUGGCACAGUGACUUCCUCACUUCUGCAGAGCUUGGAGCCACCACAAGGUGGAGCCAGUCAGAUGACUCUGACAGACACUCAUGUGCACAUGACCACAGUGGAUCUGCUGAUUGGAGGGACAGAAACUACUGCUGCCUUGCUCAACUGGACUGUGGCCUUCCUUUUACACAGACCUGAGGUUCAGAAUAAAGUGUAUGAGGAGCUGUGUGGUGUGCUGGAUGUGCGGUACCCUCAGUACAGUGACCGAGACAGACUGCCGUAUCUGUGCGCUCUAAUCAACGAGAUGUUAAGACUUCGACCUGUAGCUCCUCUCGCCGUACCUCACAGAGCCAUACGAAACAGCAGCAUUGCAGGCCAUUUCAUCCCCAAGAAUACAAUAAUCAUUCCUAAUCUGUAUGGUGCCCACCAUGAUCCAGAGGUCUGGGAUGAUCCAUACAGCUUCAAACCAGAACGCUUUUUGGAAGGUGGGGGCGGUUCCCUUCGUGCCCUGAUUCCUUUUGGAGGAGGGGCCCGACUGUGUCUGGGGGAGGCAAUAGCCAGAAUGGAGAUGUUUCUUUUCACAGCCUAUCUGCUGCGAGACUUUAAGUUCCUACCUGCCAGUAAAGAGGAGCCUCUGCCUGACCUGCGAGGUGUUGCCAGUGUGGUUCUUAAAGUCAAACCGUACACUGUUAUAACACACUCAAGAGAAAAGUAAUUGAUCAUUAAUAGUGUAACCCAGCUACAAACUGACAUAAUUUUAAAUUAUCCCCAAGGUAAUUUUUUAUUUUAAUAGGUUUUUGGUUAAAUUCCUGAAAUAAGGUCUGUGGUUAACACAAGCUCAAGAUAUUUUCACAUUUUAUUCUACAACACAAAGUGCAUUAGUAACACCCUACUCAUGAUUUUUUCUUUUUUAGCUUUUAUGUGUCUUGCAAAAGUAGUUGCUAACAAGUGGCGAAAAGGGACUACAGAGGUUGUCAGGGACAUUAAAUGUCAUCACGCCGAACUAGAUAUCUCAUCAAAUAUCCAGUCCCCUUUUAAAGCCUUGUUGCAUUUAUUGCAUGACAAUUCUGACUCCAACUUUUCAGCUUGAAGAUAUUAAAUAAAGACUGCAAGAGCUGUCUGAAACUUAAAGGGAUACUCCACCCCAAAGUGAAAAUUUUGUAAUGAAUCACUUACCCCCAUGUCGUUCCAAAUCCAUAAAAGCUUUGUUCAUCUUCGGAACACAACUGAAUAUAUUUUGGAUGAAAAACGGGAGGCUUGAGACUGUCCUGUUCACUGCCAAGUAAAAUACACUGACAAAGUCCCGAAAAGUAUAAAAGAUGUCUUCAGAAUAGUCCAUCUGCCAUCAGUGGUUCAACCGUAAUGUUAUGAAGUGACGAGAAAGUAAAUAAGAAAAUACAAAGAAAAUAAAAAUAAUGACUUUAUUAAUUUAAUUAAUAGUGUACUACAGCAACUCUCCCAGGCAAUCCCACUAUGGCUUGAGAUGGGCAUGGGAUUAAGAUAUGGUAUGUUGUAGCCACUAAGGAAUCAGGGACAACCUUAAUAAUCUAUUUAAUAUUUAUUAAUUUAUAAUUUAUUACCAUAAUUAUUCAUAUCAAUAUUAUUACUUGUGUCCUUUACCGUCCUCCACCCUUUCCCAUUUACAGAGAAAUCCUUAUUUUUAUUAUUAUUAUUAUUAUUAUUGUUGUUGUUGUUGUUGUUGUUAUAGUUAUCUUUAUCAUCAUUUUUGCUAACAAUACUUGUUGUCUCCACUAGUAAACCCCUAAUUAAUUUUUUUUUUUUUUGUAUACUUGUUAUAUCAUUAAUAAAUCUAUUAGAUACUCAA